CGCUAAUUUCUCCGCCCUCGUACAGCCCACCCGACCGCUGGGCGAUAAACAUUCAGAUCAGAAUUUUGUCGGACCAGGCUAAGGUUCCCUCCGAUCCUAUCGACCGUUGCUCUUUCGUCGACUGGUACAAAAAGAUAUUUACUGCAAGACGUCGACUUGCGUAUAAUAUCAAUCCGUUAGCCGCGUUGGAUCGCGCGGGCCUGUCGCCAACCGAUUUCUACCAAUCACGGCGACGUUUCCAGCUACAAAAUCGACGUGACUGCAUCGCAUCUAAUUAACUACUAGGCAACAUGACCGAGGUCUCUUCGACCCGCCUCUACCUGGGAAACCUCCCGCGCUCUGCCACAAAGGAGGAUGUCUCAACCCACUUCUCCAGCCAUGGCACGGGCAAGAUCACCGAGAUCAAGCUAAUGAAUGGUUUCGGCUUCAUCGAGUACGAUGACCCCCUGGACGCUCGUGACGUCGUUCCCGCUUUUCACGGUUCGACUUUCAUGGGAGAGCGCCUUACGGUCCAGUUCGCCCGCGGUACGCGUAACCGAGAAGGAGGAAGUGGUGGUGGUGGUGGCGGCGGCGGCGGCGGCGGCGGCGGUUAUGGCGGCGAGCGCUCUGGACCACGGCCUCGACGUACUGCGUUCCGCAUGCAAAUCAGCGGGCUCCCCGUUGACACCAGCUGGCAGGACCUGAAAGAUUUUGCCCGACAAUCCCAGCUCGAUGUGGUCUAUUCCGAGACUGGACGGAAUAACAAUGGCGAGGGCUUUGUCGAGUUCGAGACCGCCGCGGACCUGGCCUCUGCCGUUGAAGCCUUGGAUGGCAAGGAAUUCAAGGAUAAGAUCGUCCGCUGUGUUGCGAAUACCCAGCCGGAUCCCCCGCCACGUGAUGGUCGCGGCAGGUCCCGGUCCCCGCCUGGCCGCCGCCCGUACGGCCCCCCUGGUGACGAAUAUGAUCGUCGCGGUCCGCCUCGCGGCUAUAGCCCUCCGCGCCGUGAUGGAUAUCGCGAUGGGUACCGUGAUCGCAGUCCUCCCCGUCGGGAGUACUAUGAUGACCGCGCCCGUUACCGGUCCCCGCCGCGUCAUGGUCGUGGUCCUCCCAUGGAUGACUAUCCUCCGCCUCCCCCGCGUGGCCGGUACGAUCAUGACCCGUACCGCCGCGACUAUCCCCCUCCUGAUCCGUAUGCCAACGGCCGGCCCUACGAUCGACCUCCUCCCCGCGAUUUCCCUCCCAGGGACCCUGGCUAUGCCCGUGAGGGCGGCUAUCCGCGAGAGUACGAUCGCCCAGGACGCUACUGAUGCCCGCAGAACAAAGACGGGGCUGUCCCACAACCGCAGCCGUGUCGACAAAAAGCAGAUAAUUUUCGCCUCUCCCGAAGAGGGUAUGUAUGACGAAUGAUUGACCUGUGGACUGGAUCUGUUUUGCUCUAUCCCGCGAGUUGUAACACAAAAAAAAAAAAAAAGGUUUAUCAGGCUCCACCCGAUCUCGGCUGGGCUUUCUCACUUGGAUACUUGACACCCACUAUGGCAAAAAAAAAACCCUUUUGACGAACCUGCAGGUCCGUCGCUGGGCUUUUUUGCCCAGUGCUUGCAAGGCCGGACAUUAAACUUCCGUUUUAUUGUCCAUAAGUUUCAAGGAGCGUUGCGUUGCCUGGUUUCUAUUUUUUUUUUUCAUAACCGUUGGUUUUAUCUUCAACCACAGAAUGACCUCACGCCCCUACCACGUUUCUAGCCGGCUUCGGUUUCUUCGGGCGCCUUUGUUUCUUAUUUUUACCCCACGAAUGUUAUGAUAUGGAGGGGAUUAGUGUGGCUACAUCCUUAUCUCGAAGUUGGUAGGGAUGGAUCUGCCAAAGAACAUACAUAUGUAUUCAAAGUAUAUGAAUAGUCACGGACGGCCUCGAAGCAUUUCUAUUAUUUUUAAACUGAUCCAUCUUUGCAAG